CCGGGCUGCAUGUCAUUAUUCUGUUAAUUGGUCCACUGCUUGAUGACACGGUGAAUUGACAGAAAUUUGCUGGGAGAUUGGGCUCGCGGCCAGCUAUAGUGUAUCAAGUAAUACUUCGUACAGGAAUAGAGACAAGGAGUUAGUCUGACCGCCUCAUUCUGUACUCCUGAAUACAGCUUUACUGAGAGAUUUAUACAACUGGUAACUAUUCAAAGAGUCGUUAUUGCGGGCUUUGAUCCGAGAAGCUGAUAUCUCUAUACGUUUGUACAUUUCUGCCUUUAUUAAAGUGAAGCCAUAUACUUCAUAUCUUCCCGAUUCAAGGCCAACCACUGUUUCUCACUGGAAAAGAUGUGUAGCUCCUGAGCACGAUUCUGAUCAAUAGAGAUAGUACAAGACGUGGUCUAAGUCGUAGGAAGUGUGAAGAUUUCCUUGCUAGAAUCAAAGUGAAUUAGGAACAGAGUGCUGACCUACUGUAGCUCAUCCAAGGCGAAGGACUGCUUGACCUCUUAGCAAUUAUCCACUGGCUCUGAUCUUCGUACUUAUUUAUAAACCAAGUAAGAAAAAUGUUGGAUGGCCAGGGACCUUCAAGAAGUAACCAGGAAUCGAGCGAGGAACAAGCUAGCAGCAGUACAAGCUCGAGAGCAGCUGCAGCUAAGAAGGAAUCGAAAUCAAGUGCCUCACGAGCACCCAAGACACGUUCAACUGCUGCUAAAAGGUAUCAGAGGGAGACCAACGUCUGAAAUGUAGCUUCAGCCAAGCUCUGUUUCAUUCACAAUCAUUCGAAGAUAAUUUUGUUGACUAUCCGUGUUUAUACCGUACACAAGCAGAGCUUAUUCUCAACACUUUAUCACACAAGCCCUCCCAGUCAGUGAGAAUGACGCCCUCGUAUGGUUCAUUUGCAUCUUAACUUUAAGCUCUUCGCACGGUGAUGUCGUCCACAGAACGCUUUUCUAAAUACGACAGCUGUUUAGAGCUUUCAUUUCUCUUUCAUUUGAAUGUAUUUUGACUAGCGUACGUCUAGGGAAACGCGAGAAAAGCGAGAGUGUAGUUAAGCCUUGCAAAUGUCGCCAUUGUCUUUGAACAAGACAGGGCAUAUUAUGACACGUUUAUUGAAUUUAAACAGUUUACUUGGCGUUUAUUAGCGGUCAUGUAUUCAAUGUACUUUUAUCAAUCUGUAUAUGCAUCUCUCGCUCUAGAAUUCAACGGGAAUUGGCUGAUAUCACAUUAGACCCUCCUCCGAACUGCAGGUACGAACGUUUGAUACACGAAUAUUUUUGACUAAACACUGAGUAAAAGAAAAGUAAAGUACUUGAAAUUAUUUCAUGUUAAUACCCGGAACAAUGACAGUGCAGACGUCCGCUUAUUGAGAGCUGAUAAUUUAUCAAACGAACCCAACGUUACAUAAGAAGGCUGAGCAAAAGUCGAUAAGGAUAGCUAGGAAUUCUGUGAUGAAUUAUUACUUAAUUUAGGAGUACAUAACUCCAUAUAUUGAGUGAUAUUUGAAAAUAAUGGCACGUGGGUAUCUGAUUAUUUGCGUGUCCUUUGUUUAGCAAUAUUAGAACUAUUUUACUUUUGAUAAAACUAAGUCUGUAACACUAGACUAGUCGCUACAUAUCUUGAAACUGAACGAAAGUAAUCCCAAAUUGAACCGAAAGAUUAUUCUUAGGGCAUUAUUUUACUUCCACAUUCACGGCUAUAGAAUUAUAUAUAAUAGCAACAUUAUAGAGUAUUUUUAGAUUUACAAUAUAGAUUACGGACAAAGCCGCAUGAAAUGUCGAUCAUGUUUGAACAUGAAUAGCGGCGAAUACCAAGGUUUUAAUCAAAACCCUCUAUAGUUGAGUGUUGAAUUUCUGUGAAAUGAAUGAUUGAGACGCAACACGCGAGAAAUGUAGCAAUUGUGUGUUAGAAUAAACUUUGCACUUGGUUAACAUGUUGGGGGCGCGUUGCAGUUGCAGUUGCUCGCCCGGCAAUUUUAGUAUGUCAGAGGUCGGAAUAUUUUUGUUGGAUGCUCGCUAGCCUGAAUUUUGAAAGGUUAAUAGCCCUACUGAGUAGCCAACCGUAUCAAUAGAUAGUCGGGGGCAAAUUUUGAGGUUUUGUACAGUAUGUUUAACUCACUAAUAAGACUCUAACACAUUUAUAAGGUAAAGUUUAGGCUGGCAAGAUUCUAACAUAAAAGCGAAGGCAGUAUAUGAGUUAUUUGUGCUGAGAUUAAAUCAUUUGAAGGAUAAUAUUCACUGUUCAUAAAUUUGAAUCAUCUUUGCAUGUAACAUAAGCUGCUUGAUUGAGGCAAAGUGGCUAAAGAUAAUAUCGAAAAUGAAAACAAACACAUCUAUCUUUUUGGUUUUUGAAAAUAUCUGAGUAAUGAGUUUUCGUGUCGUAUGUAUUUUAGGGGAAUUUUAAAAUUAAAUGUAAAUCCUUUGUGAUAGAUCUCUUGGCCUUGGCUCAGUUGCGUUGGGUAAUUCUCCGCGUAGAAAUACACAUCAUUUGUGGUAGUCUAUACUCAUGCAUACUCUAUACUAUAGUCUAAACUUCAAACUGUGGGUUUUCAGUGUAGGUAUGGCAGUCUUCAAAUAGUCGUUCAAAUACACGUCCUUUGUGGCAGAUUCCAGCCUGUCUAACUUGAUUCUCAGCGUGUAUAGGUAUAGUGUGAUCUUGAAAUCCACGUUCUUUGACUUUGUGGCAGAUUUCAGCCAGCCUAACAUGAUUCUCAGCGUAUUGGUAGUGUGAUCUUGAAAUACACGUCCUUUGUGAUAGAUUCUCACUAGCCUAUCAAAAGCCCAUAUAAACUGAACUGUUGGUUCUCAGUGCAGAUGUAACCUCUUCAAAUAUACAAGUAUUUUCUGGUACAUUAUCGUUACAGUCGAGUAAAGUAUAGUCUGAGUACAGCUUGUCUCAAAACAAGUGUAGGUUUUAGGAGUUUUAUAGCUACAAUCACAAACGAAAGACGUUCUUUGAUCUCUGUGUUGCAAAGCUGGUAAGAGUUUAACCAAAGCCAAAGGACUUGCUUUUCACGCAGUCAAGAAUCAAGAUCACUAUAGUAUAGUCUAUACUAUAGUCAUCCAGUCGGUGAGAAUGAACCGCUUCAAAGUUUAGACUGAAUUCUAAAAAAUGUACAUUUCAGCCAAUCGUCGAAUGCAAUCGUCGAAUGUCCAUUCGGCGCAGCCAUUAUUAACUGAAACUCCACGCUCACAGUAAGUUAGCUGCUCCACAUGUUUUAGGAGAUGUAUAUGCGGCGUAAAACUAAUGAGUAAUGUAUUCCGGAAAAGUAUGCAUUUUAACAACACAUAUUAUUGUAUGUGAGUUGUAUGCUUGAUUUACACAGUACAACUCAGUUGUAAGAAAGUUGCAUGCGACAGUUUUAGAAAAACUUGUCCAUUAUAAAUCGGGCUUUAACGUAUUUCUUUGUUUCAUUUCUUAUAGCGCUGCACCAAAAGGCGACAAUAUUUAUGAAUGGGUUUCGACGAUAAUGGGUCCACCAGGCUCAGUUUACGAACGAGGAGUUUUCUUUCUCGACAUACAUUUCCCUCCAGACUAUCCGUAUAAACCACCGAAGGUAGGAAACUUUGAAAUAUAUUACUGUAUUUUAAUUAGCCAUGCAUGACGAGUCUCACAAGUGCCACAGAAGUGCUUUUGACAAGAACCGGAAUGGUACAUAUGACAAUUAUAUAGUAUAGGUCAUAUACGAAGGUUAGAAAAAUAUAAAGUAGUGAUGUUUGUGGUGUUUGGUGUGUUUGAUGCGCCGGGCAAGCUGAAAAGUUUGCCUGACCGGCUGACAGUAUAGGAAUUAAAUCCGCGACCUUUUGAGUUUUUGGAAUACUGACUAGUCCACACGCAAACUUUUCAGCUUGCCCGGUGUGGAUGCACACUCAGAGUAACAUCACAAACAUCAUAUUCACCUGAGUACAUAACAUCAACAUAAACACACAAAAGAUAUAAAGUUAUUGAGUAACUUAUCUGGUUUUUUGUUACCGGUACAGACGGUAAGGUUUACGGUAAGGACUUUCCUUGACAAGCUUUAUUUCCUCAUGUAAGACAAAAAUUGAGUCUUGUUCCAAAACUCUCUGAAAGUUGUACUCUGAUGGCGCUGAUUUUCUGUUAUACAAGCUGCCAACUGGCAUUUUCUUAUAGCUUCCGAAUAUUGGUGAACAAGACCAAGACUAAACAUGUUUGGCACCUCGGAUCUCGCCUCUGAUUUUGGCUUUAGCUACAUCCGAAAAUUUUAGAAUUUUAAAAUUGUAGAAUUUUUUGUAUCUUUGCCCAAUAAAGUCCAGAAAGUUCGCAAAAAAGUAUAUAUAAGUCACUUAAGCAAGUAUAGUGCGAAUUUUCAACCCAGUUUUGAGUUAAAGAAUAAUAAAGGAACUUAAAGUUGGCAAAAUAGUACUAUUGUAGUUGCCAGCAUGUCUUAUAUAUACUUUUUUGUGAACUUUCUAAUAGUAUAGUUUGUGUUUGUUAAGAAAUGGGAUGAAAAAUGUCGGAAAAUAGAAUAAAGCGUGGAACAUUCCCUGCGACAGCUUUUUGGAUAGCAUUGGCCAUUGGCAUCGCUCUAUGUCUAUGAUUAUGCCAGAAAGUGCGUUGCAAGUUGCGGCAUUGCCUAGCCCUUUUUCUACAAGGCGAAUUAGUGGAAAACCUGCGUGCGUGUUUGUAUCAAUUUACUAAGAAACAGGAUCGUGUAUAACUGUAAGGUCAAGGAGGAGUAAAUCCCACUUUUGCAAGGGAUUAAUUUAUAGCUAUAUAUCACACGGAAUACUGCACAGCCGGUUGAAGACGAUCAGGUUUUCUACAAGUUUUAUUCGCGACGCUAAUGGCGCGCACUGCAAAAAAUCCUUGACUGAGUACUGUAUUUUGACUCGAGUCGAGUAAUAAAAGUAAUACACUUUGUUUUUGAAAUGUUGAGUAAAGUGACUUAAAUCUAUGACUAUAUGUCUAUGAGCAUGCAAAUUUAUACUCAAUUUUUUUUAGUCAAUUGAGAAUUGAGUGAGUUUAAAUUUUCUUCUUCAGAUCUGCAUGUAUUGGUCAGCAAAGAAGAUUUUACAAAGUCAAAGUAAUAAUUAUGCGAUUGACAGUGAUCUAUUGAGUGUUACUUUAUUGUCUAUUGUUGUAAAAGUAUCGAAGCCGGCAGAAAACCAAAAAUUAACUUGCACAUCAAUUUAUCGUAAUAUUGAUCGAAGCGUCGAGAAUUAUUCUUAUCUUUGAAAUUGACAGAACCAUUACCCAUAUGAAUGUUCACUAUGCUAUUGAGUAUUGUCCUCGCUGUAAUGCAUAUAAAAAUCUCACUAUGACUAUAUGUGCUCGUAUAACAAACUUACUAUAACCCCUUUCUAGCAUUGCCAUUGCAGAUAUAGCUACAACUAGGAAUACUGAAUUAUAAGAGACAGUACCUAUUGAUAUAUUGUUCGUUGAAAUCAUCCAACUGAUUGAAGCAGAAUUACCCCAAAUCGUUAUCAUGAGCUUGAUCAUUAUAUAGCCUAAGGAAAAAUGAAUUUGCCGAUACCAUCUCAUUCUUUUCAUAAAGAUUAAGCAAUGAAUAUCAUGAUUAAUAGAACUGAAGUUAGAACUAUUAUAAUUUAUGUAUAUUAUUUCAACAAUUUCUUAUUAUGUGGACAUUGUAUCCUUUCGUAGCACUUAUCACUAAUCUUAAGUCUUAACCGAGUCGAGAUUAGAAAAUUUGCGUGUUUUUGCAGCUAGCAAAACUUUGUUCGCAAAAGGAAAAUGCUCGGUUUAUAUCAUUGUUGAUUGAUAUUGGCCUCUUAUCGAAUCUCACUCGACACCACUUUUGAUCUCGUUUAAUUUGCUGAAGAAAUAUUUAUUUCAUAAAAACAACUAAGUUUCAUAUAUUAUUCUCAUAUUCCGAGUAAAGAAAACUUUUCUUUUCCAUAAAGAGUUUACACUAUCAUAAAACGGGGUCUAGUUUUAAAUGGAUGUUAUAAUAUAUUUAUAUAUACUAAGUCGAGGGAAAAUAAUGUAUUAAAGUGUUUAGACAAAUUAUCACAGUUGCUCAGUCUCCUACUGCGGCUUGUCGACGUCCUGUGGUCACAGGUGAAACUCGUGCUGUGUCGUAAGAAUUAAUAUGUCAUCUCCUUUACUACACGACUGUGAAUGAAAACUUUAUUUUAAGAUGAAAAUGUUCUAGAGUGUGUAUUAUAUAAUUUCCAUACCCUGCAGCGCAAGCAGAAAGAUGUUGGCUGCCGCGGCUGCGGGUCUUGAACCCGCGACCUUCGAAUUACUAGAUCGACGCUCUACCAACUGAGCUACACGGUCAGACGGAUUUAAGACUUAACAUAUUACGGUGUGUACAAUAACACAACUUAAGAAAACUUUAUUAUCAAAACCUAAAAUACAGGGUGUAUAAAAAAAAACUGAACAGAUUUGAAAUUGCUCUCAAUUUCGCAAAACAGCUAUUAGUAUCUACUUUUGAUAUAUAUAGUUUCUUUGGGUACUUAUCAUAUAGAAUAAUGAAAAAAAUUUCUCAGACUCAAAUUUUGUAAACCAGGGGGGGGGUCCAACAAAUUAAAAAUGGCUUGCACACGAAAUUUAAAAGCUUUAAUCGUAUGAAAUUUGCUGUGUUGGUGUAAUGUACUCAGGUGAAUAAGAUGCGUGUGUGAUGGUACUCUGAGUGUAUAUCCACUGUCAAAAUAAUCCACACCGGGCAGGCUUGAAAAAUAUGCCUGGCCACGGUGGGAUUCGAACAUACGACCUUUUAAUCGUAUUUUGAGUUAAUGGAUGGAAACUUUGUUGGGUUUUUAAUUACUGUACAAAAUUUCAAACAAUUUGCUUUAGUUUAAGCCCUUCAACUAUUAAUUUUUUCCGAAAAAAUCUGCCUUUUGCAUGCUUAAUUAGUGUCUUUACCUAAUUUGCAUGUUGCUGACAUAAGCAAAUUAAGCAAACGCAUAAUUAAAUUAAGCAUGCAAAAGGCUGAUUUUUUAGGAAAAAAUGUAAGUUUGCGUGAAUAGUUAAAGUGCUUAAACUAAAGCAAAUUGUCUGCAAUUUUGUACAGUAAUUAAAAACUCAACAAAGUUUCCAUCCAAUAACUCAAAAUAUGAUUAAAGCUUUUAAAUUUCGUGCGCAAGCCAUUCAUAGUUUGUUUGAAAAGACACACACCCCUGGUUCACAAAAUUUGAGUUUGAGAAAUUUGUUUCAUUAUCCUGCAUAAAAAGUACCCAAAGAAACUAUAUAUAUCAAAAACACUGGAUACUAAUAGCUGUUUUGCGAAAUUGCGAGCAAUUUCAAAUCUGUUCAGUUUUUUUUAUACACCCUGUAUAUAGCUGCGCAAAACUUCGGAAAUUUUCCCAUCCUGUUUAGGGCUGAUUAUAUGGACGCGGUUUUCAGGUCGGCCCGACUAAAGCCCCGUAGUUGUCCUUGAGUUAUAUUCGACCAGGACUUGGAUAAAUAACUAACGGCCCUGUUUGGUAGGUUGGUUAUUUAUCCAUCAUGCAACAUACUCCGGUUGGAUGGAUAAAUACGUCCUGAUGGUCAAAUAUAUACCGGGUGUCCCAAAAAAAACUGGACCGACUGUUUGAUUUCAUGCAACGUGAAAGCUAUUAAAGCUAUCACAAUGAACUGAUAAAGAUCAUUGCAUUCAGAAAGGACUAACUUAGAUUUCAAUAUAUAAGGCUAUAGCACUUGAAUUUACAUACAAUAUUGAUUGCGCUAUUGAUGUUUGAACGUUGAACUACUGUUUUUGAAAAUGUCAUCAAAAAUUAGCAUAAAACAACCUUAUAAUUAGCCCAGCAGUUUUUACCGAGUUUUCACCAAUUCCUGAAGCACAUUUCAAAUUCAAACAGUUGUAUCUCGCUCAAUAUUGCAUGUAAAUUCAAGUGUUAUAUAUCAAAAUCUAAGUUAGCCCCUUCUGAAUGCAAUCAUCCUUAUUUCAUUGCGAUGGCUUUGGUAGCUUUUACGUUACACGAAAUCAAACAGUGUCCACUUUUUUUUUGUAUAACCAGAUUCCUGAUUUUACAUUAAUAAGACUAUGGCCUAUGCAUGGUAGCAGGUCCAGCUAGGGCUCUAACCAUAUGAGCUACACUGCUACAGAGUUCAGUUGUCGAGCUGUAGCCAUAAACCAUAGCGUCGCAGCUGUUCCUGGUUAUAGGUGUUAAUAAAUGUAUAAAACCACGAGUGUUUCUGUCUGUUUCAGAGUGCGUGUAUUCGUGAAAAAGUAUCAGUUCGGUUAACCGGACAGAAAUUCAACCCAGGCUGAAAACUCUCCAUGUAAUCAGCCCCUAUAAGACACGGGAAAAGAAACGUUUGUUUGCCAUGCACAUGCAUUUUUUAGCCAUUAAGCCAGUAUUUAUACUGCUAUAAACCUUCUUGGCCCAAGUAUAAUGGAAAGACUAGAGUCUAGAGCGAAUAGCGUCUUCGAAGCAACAUUGAUGUAGACAUUGUCUUUAUUUUAGGUAACAUUCCGCACAAGAAUAUACCACUGUAACAUCAACAGUCAAGUAAGUUUGGCAGUUAGUUAGGUUUGGGUUUAGAUUGACAUUGCAUGGAUUUGUACUUGGUUUUAAGGGGUUGGGGUAAAAUUGGCCUCACCUCCCUAAUUUUCGCUGCCCGCGCCUCAACCCAACCCCGUACGCAGGUACGCAGGCUAUGACUUGCUCCACUGGCUUCCUUCUGAUAUAGGGUUUAUCCAAUCUGCACUGAUGAGAUCAGUUUCAUUUUCAACAGGUCCACUUGAAACCAUAGGGCCAUAGGAGGCCCAAUAGAUAGUUGUAAUGCAUGGUCGCGAAAAAGACUAAAUUGGUUUAAAAUUGAAUAAAAAUUCAUUGUGGUACCGUGAAAAUAUUCUGGCAACUGUUUUUGUAACCAUGGCCAUGGGUGUUUAUUCAAACCAUGCAUGCGAGCUCUAUCUUGCGUAACAUAUGCAGACUUGCAGUGUUUUCAUGAUGUUUUGACACAAAAUUUUGGUAGUGUGAAGUGAGGAUGUAUGUGGAUAUAGGCAAAAGAGUUUCCUACCUUCUCAGUAACGAAGACUAUACGUCACUUCACCACUGCAAGUCGGCGCAAGAUUAAGCCUCGCAUGAUUUAAAUAAACAGCUAUUAUGGCUACAAAAACAGUUGCUGGAAUAUUUUCACGGUAACACAAUAACUUUUUAUUGAAUGUUAAACCAUUUUAGUCUUUCUUGUUCUCAUUACAACUCGCUUAUUACUUAUUGCCUAUUGGGCCUCCUGUGCUGAUACGAACAUGACAGAUUGGACAGACGCUAUCAAAAAUAAUCGUGAAGCAAAUUCGAGCGGGAUUUUGAGAUUUUAAUUGUCUCUGGGGUUUUUGCCACUGAGCCCUAGGCCUAUAGCGCAUUCCUCUUGACAAGUAAAAUCGUUUGGUGUUAGACAGAGUUAAAUAAUAAAGCAUGUAUGAGGGCCCAUCUUGGACGCAUCAUCAACAUUGCUGAAUUAUUUGGUUUUAACUGCUAGUUUUUCAAAUCUUUGAAUAAAAUUAUAAUGUAGAUCUAUCUAAAUUGGAAAUCUGUGCUUUAUAAAAUAUGUGCUACUGUAAAUGAGUAGCAUCAAUAUCAUUGUUGAAUGGAAAAUUGAGCCAGCAAUGUUGGGUCCGAAUCGUCCGAUUGAAUAAGCUUUGGCCGAGAAGAAGGCACUUGUAAAGUAACCUUUUCACCCUUUAUUAUCUCAGGGUCAAAUAUGUUUGGAUAUUUUCAAAGACAGUUGGAGUCCAGCGCUGACAAUUUCUAAGGUUUUACUCUCGAUAUGUUCCUUAUUGACGGACUGUAAUCCAGGUACGUAUUUGAUGGAUUUUACUGAGCAGUGGACGAUGGUCAACCUCCUCCCCCACACCUUGGCAUUUUGGACAGUACUGCCUAGGGGCAUUUUACCUCCCCAGUCCAAAAUUGGCCCCCAAAGCGACGAAUUGAAG